UUGCUGUCCUGUACAAGGAUACAGAAAAAAACGCAUCACUGCUGCAUUCGUGAUCAUUUAGACUUCUCGUUUUGUUUUCCUUUUGUUUUACAUUGAAUGAAACUUGUUUCGCGCAUGGCAUCUCAAAUGGUCUUCGGAUCAAGAUAAUGUGUUUCAGCAAGAUGAAACGAUGGAGAACCAGAUUUUUGUUUCUGUUGCUUCUAUAUGUCUGUGUUUUACCAACUUGUUGGUGUGCUCAUGGGAAAUACGCUCAAAAGCUCCUGAAUGAUUUAUUCACCAACUAUACUAGUGCGCUGAGGCCUGUGGAGGACACAAACAAAAUCCUGAAUGUGACCCUGCAGGUUACACUGUCACAAAUUAUCGACAUGGACGAGCGAAACCAAAUUUUGACUGCAUAUUUAUGGAUACGGCAAGUGUGGGUUGAUGCACACCUCAAAUGGAAUAAAGAUGAUUACGAUGGACUCGAUACCAUCCGCAUACCUAGUAGUUAUGUAUGGAGACCUGAUAUAGUCCUAUAUAACAAUGCUGACGAUCAUUUCACUGGCCCCAUGGACACCAACGUGGUGAUCCGACACGACGGCCAGAUAAUGUGGGAUUCUCCUGCUAUCACCAAGAGCUCUUGCAAAGUGGACGUGUCUUUCUUUCCGUUUGAUGCUCAGCAGUGCAGGUUCACCUACGGCUCCUGGACCUAUAAUGGUAACCAGCUGGACAUCCUGAACGCUUUGGAGAGUGCUGACCUGGCUGACCUGGUGGAAAAUGUAGAGUGGGAGGUUCUGGGCAUGCCAGCUAAGAAGAACAUUAUUUUAUAUGGCUGUUGUGCUGACCCUUACCCUGAUGUGACCUACACGCUCAAACUAAAGAGAAGAGCCUCGUUCUAUGUCUUCAACCUGCUCAUACCAUGUGUGAUGAUUUCUUUCCUUGCUCCACUGGGUUUCUACCUGCCUGCAGAUUCAGGAGAGAAAGUGUCUUUAGGUGUCACUGUGAUGCUGGCGCUCACUGUUUUUCAGCUGUUGGUUGCAGAGAUCAUGCCACCAUCUGAGAAUGUACCUCUAAUUGGUAAGUACUACAUUGCAACAAUGACCAUGAUCACAGCCUCCACUGCCCUGACCAUCUUCAUCAUGAACAUACACCACUGUGGCCCAGAUGCCAAACCAGUUCCCAAAUGGGCCAAGACGGUCAUUCUACAGUAUCUGGCGCGAAUGUGCUUUGUUUAUGAAGUCGGGGAAAACUGCAUGUCACCACAGCCAGAGAAGCAGGAGCCUCCACAUGUGAAAAACACUAACUGUACGAUGAACGGUCAGGCAAUGCCAAGCAGAGAGGACUGUUUCCAGAGGAUGGAGAGAGGAGGACAGGAAGCAGUGGGCUCGGUGGCUGCAGAAGAGAAAGAUGACAUGGAUCGGAUGAUGAGCUCAAGAGGCUCAAUCGGAAUAAACCCUACCAACAACUACAGCAUGUGGAAGAAUGGGGUUUUCAUGAGCAUGGACUGUGGAGAAUCAGGGACACAAACUAGAUGCAGGAGGGGAGGGGUGAGUGAUACAGACAGAAAGGACAGAGAGGUUUCUUACACUCAAGGCACUGAGAGGCAGCUGCUGCGUAACAUUGAGUACAUAGCCAACUGUUACAGAGAUCAGAGGGCCACACAGAAAAGGACUGGGGAGUGGAAGAAGGUGGCCAAAGUUUUAGAUCGAUUCUUCAUGUGGUUGUUUUUCAUAAUGGUGUUUCUCAUGAGCCUUCUCAUCAUGGGUAAAGCCAUCUAACAGUUGAAAGACGCCAAAAUGACAGUGUUAGCUGUUUACCAAUCAUGUAUAUAAACUGCACUUUAUAGAGUUUUCUUCAUCACAUCACAGCUGCUCCAAACAUGAGGACGGUAGAGACUAUGUCAUUGUAUUUCAUUUAUUUGUACAUUGCUUUGAUGUUGCAAACUUUUGUUCUCAACUUUUAACCCGAUGCUCUGUAAAGGGUUAGAAUCAAGGUAAAAAUCAGAGUAAAAAAAACCCCAAAACAAUAAAUCUACUGAUAUUGAAUA